UAGGUGUUGUAUAAAUUAUUACUUAUAUGUUAGUUAAGAUUAUGUUAUGCAUAUAGUUUUAAGAAAUUGUAAAAAUUGAUAGUUUAGUUCAAAAUGACUAUAAUUGUGUUCCUAAUAGAUACUUCGGCGUCUAUGUUACAAAGAACUUACAUAGGUGGUCGAACUACACUAUUAGACGUCGCCAAGUCUGCAGUAGAAACUUUUGUUAAAAUUAGGCAAAGAAGUAUAGAUAGUCGAAUUGAUAGAUACAUGUUGUUAACAUUCGAAGAAUCACCUAAUAAUAUCAAAGCAGGAUGGAAAGAAAAUUUAGCCACAUUUAUGAAUGAAUUAAAAAAUUUACAGGCCUAUUCAUUAACAACAAUGGGUGUAGCUGUAAAACAAGCUUUUGAUAUUUUAAAUAUCAACAGAAUGACUUCUGGAAUUGAUACCUAUGGGCAAGGAAGGUGUCCUUUUUUCUUAGAGACAGCUGUUAUUGUAUUAAUAACUGACGGUGGUAAACUGACUACAGUUGGAGGUGUACAAGAAGAAUUUAAUUUACCUAUGAAUUCUCCUAUACCUGGCUCUGAAAUGACUCGGGAACCAUUUCGAUGGGAUCAAAGAUUAUUUGCUUUAGUUUUAAGGCUAACAGGUACACCAGCUGUUGAAAGGGACACAGGCUUAGUUCCUAGUGAUAGUAGUCCUAUAGAUGCAAUGUGUGAAGUAACCGGUGGUCGUUCUUAUUGUAUUACUUCACAUCGGAUGUUAAAUCAGUGCAUUGAUAGUUUAGUUCAAAAGGUGCAAAAUGGUGUUGUGAUUAAUUUUGAAAAAAUUGGUCCUGAUCCUCCUCCUCCUCAGUUCGAAAAAGAAGAUGGCAAAGAAGAGGUAUUGAAAGAAGGGGAAUAUAAUGAAAGCAAUGAGAGAAUUGGAAUUCUAAAUGUUCCGAUAAAUACUUCUUGGUACAAUUGUCGAAAAAUGAUUUAUGUACCUAAAACAAAUAAAGCAUAUUGUGUCGGUUACUGGCCUAUUCCGGAGUCAUUUUGGCCUGAAGUAACAAUUUCAGUUUUACCGCCUCGAUCUGCACAUCCAAAUAUAAAAUUUGCUUGUUCAAAUUCUGAGCCGCUAGUUAUUGAAAAUUUACCUUUUGAUAAGUACGAGCUAGAACCGUCUCCACUAACGCAAUACAUUUUGUCCAGAAAGCAACCUAAAACUUGUUGGCAAGUAAGUGUAUUCGUUGCAAAUAGUUAUAAAAAUUCUGAAGUGGGACACCCAUUCGGUUAUCUGAAAGCCAGUACGAAUUUAACCUGCGUCAAUCUAUUUGUCAUGCCUUAUAAUUAUCCAGUUCUUCUUCCUUUAUUAGACGAACUUUUUAAGAUUCACAGAUGGAAACCAACUAAUGAAUGGCGAGCCCAAUUUCAAAAUUAUAUUAGGACGUUACCAGCUUACUAUGCGGUACCAUUGAGGAGAGCUUUAACCAAAAUGGGUACACCUGUGGCUUUGGCUCAAACUUUGAUACCUGAAAACUCUGAAAAUGGCCUAAGUUAUUCUGUUUCAAAUUAUUUGAAGAGAUUAAAAAAUCAGGCAAAAGUAGAAUAUGAUAAAAUGUGUAGUGAAAUUAUACAGAGACAAACAAAUAUGAAUGGUUUAAAAAUAAAUUUCAACAACCCUGAGCAAAUUAGAGUAAUUCCAAAAGUGACCUUAAAUAAAGAUUUGAUAAGUCACCCGCUGUUAGUCGAUAAAUUUGCUUCCCAUAGGGAUCAAAUUUUAGAGCAAGGUAAUAGUUGGACAUGUACGCUAGACAAGGAACGACAAAAUGUAAGCUUUAAAAAUCCGUUUGACAUACCCAGGCAUAAACUAAUUCAUCAAGUUAUUACAAUGAGGAAUAAUUUCUUACAACCAGACUGCACAACAUUAGACCAAGAUAGUGCCCAUUCACUGCCAAUAUCUCAGAUGGGCAAUUACCAGGAGUACCUCAAGAAACAAACUCCGCAACUGCGGGAGAUCGAAUCAACGCCAGUACGACAGCACAUGUUUGGAAAUCCAUUCAAAAUUGACAAGAGGAUGAUGGUCGAUGAAGCCGAUAUAGAUUUGGUAGGGUCUCCAACUGGGACAAACAGAAACAAUAAAAGACCAAAUCCCAGUGAUAAUUUAUCGCGCCUGCCCACUAAAAAGAAACCUGGUCCUCUUCCAAAGACAUUCAGGUAUACUAGGCCUAGCACCGAUUCAACACCUCUUCAAAGUCCUACAUCUUCACCGCUUCCGUCCCCUGUACCAUGGUUAAAUGCCAUUGAGAAAGAACUGCCAAGGUUUGAUGAACCUCCCAACUUAAUUGUUAAUGGUUUAGAAAGCCCUUCUGCGAGUCCUUUAAGUGAAAGGUCGAGAUCUCCUUCACCAACACAACAGUUUCAAGAAGUGCCAUCGUACGGUAUCAGUGACGUCAUCUAUAAUGUUCGGGCUAAUGCAAACAGUUUUACCUACAGUAUGUUGAACACCAUAGAACCUAACUCAUUAAAUGACUUUUAUCCGAGUCUUUCCGCACCCGACGAUAAACAAAUAUCUCAGAUACUUAAAGAAGCGAACAUAAAUCAUAAUAGUGUUUCGGUAAAUAAUCGUAAUAUAGAAGAGGGGGUAGUUAAGGUUGAAGCGGAAGAUGAAGAAGAUGAAAAGGAAAUUGAACAUCAGAACUUUGAAAUUAGGAAAAAUUUAAAUAGACUAGUGCGUAGACCGGGAAAAAAUUUUACAGAACUUUUCGGUACCAUAAAAACGUUGAAAGGUGAAGCCGAUAUUCAAGUGCAGGUAAUUAAACUGAUCAUUAAGGAGUCGCUGAGGUUCAAAAGACAUCAUCUAGCAAGUUUACUUGAGGAACACAUACAAAAUUUAUUGAAUAUUGAGAAUAAAUGAUUAACUUUUUUA